GCUCUGUCUCGUUCCGGGAAAAGGGAAGAGUGUACUCGAUAUAAUGUGAGUUAUGAAUCUUGAGAAGAAGAAAACGUAAUCUGGCUGAGGUCCGACAGAUGCUCAGUUGGUACAAGACUGACGGCAGUCUCUCAUAAGAAUAAGACAAUGCACUGAUGACCGGAUCCCGCCCCAAACCCUGUCGAAUAAUGAUCAAAGACAUUGUCAUAGUGCGCCAUCCCGUCUGCGUGUGCGUGCCCGUGAACCAUAAGGUGACCCUGAGCGUCCGUGCUGAGGGCACAGGUAUCCUCAGCUACCAGUGGUUCACCGAGGAUGAAAAGGAGGUGUCCGGCGGCACUGACGCAGACCUGACCAUCAGAGCUAAGAAAACCCAGCUCUAUGUGUGCCGAGUGAAUGACCCCUUUUAUAACUGCGUGUUCAGCGACUGGGUGAAAGUGAAGGUGUUGGACAUUGAUAAGUCAGGUUUGCCAGUACACUGGCAGGGGGAGCCACACAUCGCUGUCAACCCUAAACCCCAGACAGUCCGACAAGGUACAAAAGUCUCUCUCCGCUGCGCUGCCUUUGGAAUCCCCACUCCACACUAUCAGUGGUACAGAAAUGGACAGCCGCUGGUGGACAAGACUGGUGACACGCUGCAGAUCGACCAUGCUACAGCCGAACAUGGAGGAUCGUACCUCUGCUCCAUAUCUAACGUGCUAGAAGAGAGGUGGACUGAACCAGUCGAUGUUGACAUUGUGCAAACUGAUGAGCUCCCCCCUGGAGCGCUCACAGCUACUGAUAAAGUUGCCCUCCUGAUUGGCAACAUGAACUACUCCAACCACCCUGACCUGAUGGCCCCUAUUAUGGAUGUACAUGAGCUGUCCAACCUCCUGCAGCAGCUCGGCUUCAGAGUGGUUUCCCUGCUGGAUCUCACCAGGGAGGAGAUCCUGGCCGCGGUUGACAAGUUCACGCAGCUCCUUGACAGAGGAGUUUAUGGCCUUUUCUACUAUGCGGGUCAUGGGUACGAGCACGCUGGGAGGAAUUACUUGGUAGCUGUUGAUGCUCCACAACCGUAUCGACCUGAGAACUGUGUCUGUGUGCAGAGGAUCAUGGUCAGCAUGCAACAAAGACGCACUGCACUGAGUGUAAUCCUACUGGAUACCUGUAGAAAAUGGUACCACCAGGACUGCAUACCUUCAGGCAUCAUGCCAUUGAGACCCAGUGGGAACACAGUUUAUGGUUAUGCCACAUGUGAAGAUGCUGAGGCUUUUGAGGUCCAGGAUGGCGGGAAAAGUACUGGAAUCUUCACUAAGUACUUGAAUGCGCACAUCCUACAGUCCGAGAAAGUCACACACGUCUUGGAGAAGGUGUCUGAGGAUCUAGGCAGAGACCCUCUAGUCACAGGCAAGCAGGUGGUGGAGAUCAAACACACCCUGAAAGAACCUCGAUCCCUUGCAGACCCAGUUCGGACCACCGGCCACACAAGGGAACUACGCCUGCGAGAUGCCUGCUGGAGACAAGCAAAUGAGCUACCGCGGAAGAAGAGGCUGAUGUUUCUAUGCGGAGUAGAAGUGGAAAUCAGCUUCUCAGCUUUGUUCUCUAAUGUCUUGGUGGCUUUUGCCACUGUAAAGAAGACAGGCCCCCGAACCCAGGACUGCACAGUCACUCUGAGUAGCAUACCUGCAAUGGAAGACACAUUUUCUGGCCCUGGCAGGUCAGAGGAGAUGGACACUCUAUUUAAGUCAUUUGAUAACCCAGACUGCACUCUGCGACUUUGUGCUCUUCAAGGGCUUACGGAAUCUCUGGUCAUCAAGAUGGACCUACACUAUACUCACAUGGACAGUAAGCUGCGCUGCACAGAAAGCCAACAGGUGGACAUAGGAAAGCCUCUGAUGGCAUCCUGUAAACUGUACAGGCGGAAUCAUGCUACCGCAGCCAAGAAACAAGAAGGUGCUUCCGCUAAAAGUAUGGGCAACAUUUCAAGGAGCAAACCACUGUUGCAUCAGACUGUCGCAGGCCCAUGUCGCCCCUUCACCAGAAAGGCAGAGUGCGCUGCUAAAGUUGCAGUUACAAGGAGCAACGAACCCGAAGAGAACGAUGAGAACGAACUGCAAGACUUCAUACUUCCCCAUUAGGGCUUCUGCGGUCCUGUGAUUGUAAAUACGAGUCUAUAGUGACGUGAUUAGGAAUUACUCAGUUGCUGAUCGUGCAUCUUUCUUGUUUGUGGUUGGUGAUGAUGAAUGAGUGAGCGAAUGACUGAGGUAUUGUGUUUGGUCUGUCACCAGCCUUCAACUCUUAGCUCAACACUGAAAAAACAUUAACACUUACUUUUGCUAACCACUGACUUCAUCAGAAGUUGUAUAUUACUUUAAACAUAUUUCUUUUUCAUCAGUGGCAAGCUGGCUAGCCUAAUUUAUCUAAUAAAGUUUAUAAGUUAUCUAAUAAAGACUACUAAUUCAUUGCUA